UUCAAUUCACGUCGCAAACGAGACCGUGUCCUCAACCCGAGUGCUACAUCGCAGUACCGCGUUCCGAUCGCUCCACCAGAAAAUCAGUGCCAGUGCGUCGCGGCGGUUCCGCCAUCCCGACACAUAAUAAUAAUAAUAAUAAUAAUAAUAAAAAUAAUAACAAGAAGAAGAAUAAUUCGGUGCGCGGUAUGUUUGUUGUGCCCAUGGUUCGGUAGUGUGUCCAUGUGACUUUCGAAGCGAUGUCGGUGAAGUCGUCCGGUUCGGACGGCGCGCCGGACAAGGGCCAGGCCGUCCGUUCCGGCUACCUACGCAAGUUCAAGACGAUGAAGAAGAAGUGGUUCGUGCUGCGGGCCGAGUCCGCCGAUCGGCCCGCCCGUCUCGAGUACUACGACUCCGAGAAGAAGUACAAUUGUGGCGCGGACGCGAAACGCAGCAUCCCCCUGAAGACGUGCUUCAACAUCAACAAGCGCAAGGACGUCAAGCACAAGCAUGUGCUGGCGCUCUACACUAAGGACGAGUGCUUCUCGAUCCAGCUGGACUCGGAGGACGAGCUGGACGGGUGGCUGAAGGCGUUGCUCACCCUCCAGCACGGCGACGACGCCGCCGACGGCGAAACUCCCAAACCCACCUACGAGCACAUUUGGCAGGUCCAAAUAAUGAACAGGGGAAUCGGGACUUCAAGCCUGACCGGCAGCUACCGAUUCUGUUUAACCGGCAAGAAGUUGAAGCUGAUCAAGAAGGAUUCGGAGACGUGCAUCGAUCUGGUCCUGAGCAACAUCCGCAGCUGCGGAUACCUCAAGGAGUACUUCUAUCUGGAGGUGGGAAGAUCGAGCACAUUGGGCCCCGGCGAACUGUGGAUGAACACAGGUGACGAGAAUAUCGCCCAGAACAUUCACUCGACUGUUUACCAUGCAAUGUCAACCAACACCUCGAACAACGAGCUCGGCCCGAAGAGCAGGAACAGAUCCUCCUCAGCAACCGAGGCAUCCAAACCAAAUUCGGCGCAAAGGAAGCCCAACCAUAUAGGUGUACCAAAGACGCAUAUUUUGCAACAAGAUCCCAAUUCCACCGAGUGUCAAGUCACUCCUCCAGUAACAACCACGUCAACUCAGCACCCUAUCGUCAGCGGUGUGGCAAGUAUUUAUCACCAUCUAAUACAGAGGGGAACCGCUAAAGCUUCCGAACGUCGACAUUCUAUAUCAGCAGGGGGCCUAAACUGGUCUGGGACUAUAUGCCAUCAGCGUACUCAGUCGCUUCCCCUAGCGCACCCCACCACUACAACCACAGCACCCACCUUCACAGAUCAAAACACAACCACCACUUCUUCUCACCCCCUAAGAGUCAAUAAACGUCCAUCCUCGAAGUGCGCCUCCGGCGGUGGAAGAGAACGAUGCGACAGCAUGCCGACAAGGCCGCGCACCACCAGUGAGGGCAACCACGUUGGCAUCUGGGCUAAAACGCUCUCGAUCACGUCGUCAUACCGUUCGGCUCACAACCGCGACAUCUCCCACAGUCCCCCAUCGGGAAUCGCCACGAGCCCGCCGUCGGUCGGUUAUUCCGAGUCGUCCGGCUCGUCCUACAGUUUGGCGGAUGAACCGGAGGAAGGGGACAUAAUAGGAAGGUACAGCCAUCCGUUGACACCCGAGGAGGCGAUCGCGGAGGAGGACAGUCCGGAUUCGCCUUGCAUGAACACGAAUUACGUGCCCAUGGCGCCGCCUAGCAGCGACGACGGUUACGUGGACAUGUCGCCCGGUGGCGGAAGGACCACAGCUUCCCCCACUCACAGCAUGAACAGUAUAACGUCGGGCACUCCGUCGACGGACAUCCGUUUCUCGGAAUACCCAUUGGAGAAGGUGGCGUCUUAUCUGACAUCGGACGAUGACGAUACCCGUCCAACUCGGGCGUAUUCCGUCGGCUCCAAACCGGAUUCAUAUAAGAACAAAAAACAUUUGGAACACGUGGGAACGCCCGACAACUCGAGGGUGCGUGCGUUCUCCGUCGGUUCCAAAACAAAGAAGGGUCCGAGUAGAGUGUUACCGCAUCACGCGCACACCGGGGCCAAGUCUUCGAGCGCGCCGAUGCUGAUGCAACGAAUGCACAGCUCUCACGGUUCCAUCGGUCCUAUGGACGAUCUAAUGGAGAUGGACUUCUCAAACUCCACGUCCGGCCACAACUCCGUGUCCGACUACAUGGACAUGAAACCGGGAUCCACCACGCCGAGUGGUUAUGUCGAAAUGAAGCCGGGAAGUAUCGAGAAGAGUUCCGUUGCGACGGAGGCUCCGUACAUGGACAUGAGCGGUUCUUCGCCAGCCAGGUCUAAUGCCAACGACGUGACCUUCGUUGACAUGUCCAGGUUGGUGGAUAACAGCGAUUACAUGGACAUGCAACCCAAGAGGACGUCGCAACCACCCACAUGGCAGCAGAAUACUAGUCACAACGAGCCGUUCGAUCUGAACAACUACAGCGUAAGACAGGUGGAUCGGCACGGUUCCUUCAGUUCGCAGCUGAGCGCCUCGCCCAACAAGUAUCAUUCGAUUUCGCCGAAAUACACCGAGGGGUGGGUUAACUCCCACUAUCACACGCCGACAACACCCGAGGGGUACGUCGAGAUGACUCCUGGCCAGACCAAUCGUCACCAAAGACAGUCGAGUCUGGACAGCACUCACAUCCAGGUGUACGACGAUUAUACCAACAUGACUCUGGGCAACUCCAAGUUAAAAAACAAGCCGGUCAAAAAGGAGAUGAAAAGUCAGCCGAUUAUGAUACAGGGUGGGAACAAUGGGAAGAUUGCGUCGAGCCCGGCUUCGAUAAGUCCUCUGCAGGUCGGAAGGAAAUACUCAACGGGCACGCCGCCUAGCUUCCAUUUGCCACUGCAGGCGCAGUACUCCUCAAGUCUUCCAAGACCGCGUUCCAGGAAAAACAGUCGCAGAGAUUCCAAAGAUAGCAGUAGUUCUAGUGUUACGACACCGUCAAGUUCAAGCACGAUUUUUUCCAUGAGCUUGAACAGUCCCAGUUCACCCGCCAAACCUGCACAAACUAUUAAGGUACCAGCGUCCGUUAUGAACGUUAAAUACAAGGCGACCAAUAUGAGUAAGGCGAACAGCGAGGAUUACACGAUGAUGGAUUACGAGAAGGCAGCUAGGAAACCAGACGCAAGCGAGUACGUUAACUACAACCCGGCUCCGGCAUACCACCACCAGUUACCCUUCAGAAGUACCAGAAAUAUCACCCGGAGAAACGACGAGGAAGGAGACUAUGCAUUAAUGAAACCAGGCGAGAUCGAAGUGAAAAAGGAUCUCCCCAACGUCGGUUUCCAACCAAUCAACGAUGAGAAGUACCGAACGUCACCUCGUCCAGGUGACACUGUACCGGACAUCGCCAACCGCGGCGACAACCACCAAGACACGGCUAGGUUGAAAUCCAUAAAAGAACAGAAGCCUGAAACUAGACCUGCAUCAGUGGGAUCAGACGGCAACAACAAACCGUCGAGGCCCAGCUCCACCUCGAGCGAGCUGUGCUCCUCCACCUCCACCUUGACUGGGUCGCGACCGGAAUCGGUCAACAGCGACCGAAUACCACAGGAGAACACGCGACCGGCUUCGGUCACGUGCGAUUUGCAGCUGCACUACGCGAGCUUGGAUCUCGCUCCUACCGACGAGACGGGCAACAAGAGCCCGAGAAGCUCGAAGAGUACUACGCAACAAGAGGGUGGGAGCGCCGAGCCGGCUUUCACGUACGCGGAAAUAGACUUUGUGAAGAGUGAGGGCCUGAAGCAUAAUUCCUUACCCAAUAACGCUAAGGUUAAGCAUUAAGACGUGGCGCGGUUAGUGCGGGGAUACCGCCGGGUUCUGGGAGAUCGUGACGGUUUCUACGAGGAUUCGUUUCGUUUCUGCAGGGGUGGCAUUUGCGCGAGGACAAAUAAGCAUUUAACUUUGUAACAUCUGUAUAGUCCCAGUUCGUCGCAGAACCUUGUGGGUGUUCGCAUUCUGCCCAUCCUAUUUUAGGAAUUGUAUAGACUGAAUAUUAGGUAAAUUUUUUUGUUGUAAUUCACAUAUCCUAGUAAUAUUAUUGUUGAUUUAUUAGCAAAGCUAGUAAAAUAUAUUAUGGAAACUCGA